GCCAGAUAGACCACCACCUUUCCUUUCCUGCCCGCGAGGCUCGAAAGCCGCUGCGGUGUUACGUGACCCCAAGUGGAAUAAAGGCGUACAGAAAGAACUUAUAGCGCCUCUUUUCGUCCGCACCAAGGCACCUUUCAACAGAAGGAUACGUCUCCUCGAGAGGAUUUUGAGGCGCAACUGCUCCAACUGAAAGGAAGGGAGACGCGGGCCCGACAAAGAAAGAGUGGCGGUACGCAGCUGACAUUCAACAUCACCAGACCUACGUAUAUAACCAGGCACAAUGAACCAGGUUGCCGGCAUCUUUGGGUUUGGUACUCUGCCGGUCAAGGUGGUUAACCCUGAUGGCCGCUUCCGGGUUAUCUCCACAAAACCCAUGCCGGGCGAUCGGUGGGUCGAUCUGUUGGUCAAGGCAGACUGCCGGGUCGAGAUCUGCACUGCGUCCAAGACGAUUCUGAGCAACGCUGACAUCAUCAAGCUGAUCGGCGACAAGUGCGAUGGCGUCAUCGGCCAACUGACGGAGGACUGGGGCGAGGAGCUCUUUGGCGCGCUCGACAAGGCGGGGGGUCACGCGUUCAGCAACAUGGCGGUCGGGUACAACAACGUGGACGUCCCCGCGGCCACGAAGCACAGGAUCUCCGUGGGAAACACCCCGGGAGUCUUGACCGAGACCACGGCUGAGCUCGCAUCGGCGCUGACCCUCGCGGCGGCGCGGCGGGUCGUGGAAGCAGACGUCUUCAUGCGCGCGGGCAAGUACGACGGCUGGCUGCCGACCAUGUUUGUUGGGAACUUGCUCAAGGGACAGACGGUGGGGAUCAUUGGCGCGGGCAGAAUCGGGACAGCAUAUGCAAGAAUGAUGGUGGAGGGGCACAAGAUGAACGUGAUCUACUACGAUCUGUACCAGUCUAAGCGGCUAGAGUCCUUCGUCUCAGCCUAUGGCGACUUUUUGAAGACUCAGGGAGAGGAGCCGGUGCACUGGCGGCGGGCAGCGUCCGUAGAGGACGUCCUGAAAGUUGCGCACGUCGUGAGCCUGCACCCCGUGCUGGACAAGACCACGUUCCACCUCAUGAACCGGGACCGGCUCAACCUCAUGAAGAAGGACGCCAUUCUGAUCAACGCCAGCCGGGGCCCCGUUGUGGACGAAGUCGCACUGGUGGAGCACCUCCGGGCGAACCCAAUGUUCCGGGCAGGGCUCGACGUGUUUGAGGAUGAGCCCAAGAUGAAGCCCGGUUUGAAAGACCUGCCCAACGUGGUGGUAGUGCCGCAUAUCGCGUCCGCCUCUCAGUGGACUCGCGCGGGGAUGGCCACGCUCGCGGCAUGCAAUGUGGCGGGCAAGCUGCUCCGGUACCCGGUAUGGCACAACCCCAACGACGUGCUCCCGUUUGUUGACGACUCUAGGAAUCCGCCGCCGGCAUGUCCCAGCAUCGUGAAUGCGAAGGAGUUGGGCCUGCCGACCCUGAAGUCCAGCCUUUGAAACGUAGGGCUUUGGUUUUGUACCGGCCACGUUGAUGUAGCUAUGCUUUGCUGUUGUAGUUCGAUUUUGUUCGGAAGCCUGGAUUGACCAAUGAUCUAAUAAUAUAGGGUCCUGCGGAGGUCUUGAUUACAAAACAUGAAGUUGCGUCAUUGAAUCAGUACGCAUAAACCUCGUGUACAAAAACGUGCCUGUGUCUAACGCGGGCACCGACCGUGUUUCGAGAUCGAAAUGACCUCAUCACGAAUAAUUCGCUUAUGCAUGCUCAGUUACGGAUGUAAAGAUUGAUGAUCUUGAAGUGGCC